UACAGCUAUGUUUUUUGGUUGGGUGACUUUAACUACAGAAUAAAUGAAACCAUUGAAAAUAUUAAGGGUCUCUGUGGAAAACAAGAAUACUCAGCAUUAUGGCCGCAUGAUCAGGUAUUCAAAUAUAUUCUGUACAUCUACAUAGUGAUGUACAGUGUACCACUACUAUAUUGUAAGUCAUCAAUAGUGAUCAAAGAAGUUGAUCAUCAGUCAAGAAUUAUUGUUAGGACCUGUCUUUGAGUAGUCUCUCUUUUUUUCUUUCAAAGACAGCCAAGCGAAUGAAACCUGCGUAGAAAAUUUAUGAGGAGUUCCACACCCACGAUAAUUUAAUAAUUAAUUAAAUAAUUAAUUUGAAGAUCCACAUUUUAACAGCAGGACUGAUUAGUGUUUCUCUAAAGUGUAGCCUGUUCCAUGCUCUUAGUUACUCUUCAGAGAGCAAAAAAAGCACGUACACAAAAAUAUGGAUAAGGACCGAAGAAACUUAGAUAUUAUUACUUUUGAAUUAUUUAAUUUAUUUUUUCGCACAAACCUUUCUCGUUGCUCGUCAGGUCUGACUGAGUUCUUGAAACAGGCUAUCUGUAGUGUUAGUGACAGUUUGAAGUAAAGACUUAUUUUUGUCUGUUCUGCUGAAAAGCUGUUACAGAGUCAGAAGGAGGGCAAAUGCUUUGUAAACUUUCAUGAAGGUGAUCUCAAGUUUCCUCCAACAUACAAGUACAACCCUGGAACAAAUGAAUGGGACACAGACAGGUAACUUAUAAGUAAUGUUACCUUCCGGUAAUCAGACACAGGACCCUUGCAUAUGAGUUAUUAUCGUAAUCCUGUUAUGUAGUGGUAACAACUUAAAAUGAUAUUGUAAGUUUCGUUUGCCUUGCAAUAUCGGCAUCUGGGGGUAUUAAUUCAGAUUUUUCUUCAUGGGCUGGGAGGAAUGAGUAGUUCCGAAGGUUAACGGUCAUCUCGCCACCAAGGAAAUCACUGCCAAAAAGUCUACUCGUCACCACUUACUUACCUAGGAUUUUUACUUCUUCGUCAAGCUCAAAUACAAAUCUGUCGACCGUAAUUGACGGUCCUUACGAUUAAGACUACGGCUCAUCUGCAUCGCUUGAAAGGUGCCAGUUGUUAAAAUCCAAUAGCCAUUCUUAUGAAAUUAAAGUAACUUUGUCUCUUGACCCUUACCUCAUUGUUAAAUUUGUGUGAAGGAAUUUGCUUUUGGGGACUUGUCCUUUUGCUAAGUGCUAAGAUGCAUGAUUUCUUGGUGGCGAGAUGGUUUGGUGGCGCAUUAAACUCUCUAAAAUCUCAGGAAAAUACUUAAUUCAACAAAAUGAAAAUUGUAAAAGGUGUUAAUCUUUAACGUUAAAGAGGUUUGAACUCUUUUACCAUAAGAUAAAAAUCUAUUAUGGUUUCCUCUCCAGUGGGAAGUAUCGCAAGCCAGCCUGGACAGACAGAGUCCUGUGGCAGGUCACUGAAGAAAGAAAAAACACAGUUCAAAUGGAAUCGUACACGUCACAGCAGUCAUAUCUCGCAAGUGAUCACAGGCCUGUUGGUGCUACUCUCGUAGUCGACUUAAAUGUAGGCCACCUUUCUGUACUAUUGAGGUUCUUGUCACUUUCUAAAGUGGUUUUGCUUUUCUUUCAUCAUUUUACUGGUUUUUAAAUUCAUACAAAGUGAACGCACUGUUGAAAACUGUCAGAAAUCUUUCGCACUUGCCUUACAUCUUAAAUCUAUACUUUUUUGCAAAAGAUUGUUACAGCGUGUAAUUGUUUUUUUAAAUAGGACUCGAUUUCAUCAAUGGAGGACCCGAUCUCAUGGAAGUUAGAUCUUAUGAGUCUACCUUGGUAUGGAAAUGAGGUUAGUCAUUGUUAAUUGUUUCGCUCGACCAAUAAAAGCAGACGUCGUUAAUGCAAGGAACCGAUCACGUCAAAGUGUAGUGAGCGUCUNAAUUGUUUUUUUAAAUAGGACUCGAUUUCAUCAAUGGAGGACCCGAUCUCAUGGAAGUUAGAUCUUAUGAGUCUACCUUGGUAUGGAAAUGAGGUUAGUCAUUGUUAAUUGUUUCGCUCGACCAAUAAAAGCAGACGUCGUUAAUGCAAGGAACCGAUCACGUCAAAGUGUAGUGAGCGUCUAGCGUUGUGCAGCGCGGGAAAAACGCCAACCUUUUCCCCAGGGUCCUCUUUCUCCCUCCCUCAAAGAAGACAUAAGAGCCACGGAGUUUGGGGGAAAUGCUUAAUAGUGUGCUGCAAGUCAGUGGUUUGGGUUUUACAUGUGACGGAGCACAAGAUAGUUUUGUUUAUCACGAAGCGUGGCAAUUAAAGACCAAGGAGAUGCGAAAUAUUUUAGGACACUUUUAAAUCGAUAUAAACAGCAACUUUAUGAAAGUUGCCAUGACAUCGUCAUGACACAUUUUGUAGAUCACAGAGAAUGUGCUCUCACAGUAUUUUAGUAUCGCAUUGAGGUUAUAUUCUCGUUGUGUGCAGAGUCCCUGUUAUUUGUCUCGUAGGAUGGUUUGAGUGUUUAUGUAGUGAAGAAUUACAAGACAUACAGCUGGGAUUGGAUUGGCCUUUACCGGGUUUGUGUUUUUUUUUCUGCUUUUGUCGUUAUUGACUUGCGUUUUAUUGCUGCCAUGUUAAAUAUUCCUUUAUUUCUUUGCCUCCUAUCUGACACUUCUCAUUCUCGAGUAAAGUAAACUCCGCAAAAUCUUGCCAGCGAAAACAGCUUGCCCACACGACAUGACUGGAAAGCGACUACCUUCUUUCCAAACUUUUUGAAGCCUACGCGUUGACAGAAAGUUGUUUCGGGGUUUAAAUGUAGGAAGCAGGGCUUGAAAAGUGUCCAGUCCGGUCGUCUGGCACAAGUGGAUUUUCUUGCAGUGCAAGUAACUUUUAAAGCUUACUUACCCAACGGGCAAGGGUCAAGGCAAGUCAUCCUCUAACAAAAUCAUUAACUAAGGCGAGCAAGAAGUGGCCCCAGGCAAGCAAGAGAGCUGCUUGCCCAAAAGACAAGUUGGAAUUCAAGUUUUUUCGAGCCCCGAGGACCUGGUUUAAUUUGAAAUUAGUAGAAAAAGAGACUACUCCUCCAAGGUCAGGGCAGUCGCUAAAAUUUCAAGUUGCCGGCUAUAUGCAGUUAGUAGGAGGGUAAUUGUACAGCUAGGAAGUUCUUUUGGUUCUAUUUUCUUUUUGAUUCCUAAUGACAGUAGCUGGGCUCACUGCAAGGUGCAACUGAAGACAAUUAAGGCAAAUGAGAAUACCAGAAUUACAUUACGUUUUAAAGUAACUCAAAUUGUCCUCUUUGAAACACGCAGGUUGGCUUUCAGCACGUCUUUGACUAUGAGAUGUACGAGUGGGCUGUGGGAGACGGGGACGAGUAUGGCGAGAAUGGUUGUGCUGUGCUAUUCGAUUGCCUCCCGGAAGAAGCUGGUCAUUAUGUCAUGUGUUAUUACAGCUAUAAACUGGAUUGUAUUAUCUCCGUAAGCGACCCAUUCGAGGUAAGAAUAGUGUGUUGAUAGGGAGCUCUAGCAACGAUGAAGGCGAAGGCAACGAGAACGUCAAAAAAGCUAUAGGUGUAAAUUAAAUUUGCAAAGCAACAGCUUUGCACGUACAUCACGCUUUUUUGUACAUUCUUUUCCGUCACUGUACGACUACGACAUGAAAAUGCUUAAUUUCACGUUUUAUGGACGACGUAAACAAGCGACGACGAUAUUUUCUUCCUUUUUCUGAACUUGAGUAUGGUUCUUAGGAGUUCUGCCUUAGAAGAGUUCGGCUCCAUUUGACAAAGUGAAUGAGUUGGAAUAAUCGCACUAGAGAUUGGAAGAACGCAAAUCCACUUUUUAAGCGACGUUUUCGCCGCCGUCGCCCUUGUGGUAUCUUAAACUCCCCAGUGAUGAGUGGGUCUUGGAGGUUGACCACUGUAAAACUGGAGAAAUUUGUAAACUCAAGAAACGCAUUUUGUUUUGGACUAACUCUUCAACUAACAUCUCUAACAGAUUCUUCCACCGCGAGAUGAAGACAAAGACCCAGUGGAAGUUCAAGUUGAACAGCCCACAGAGGAUGUGUGA